GGGACGCCCUGCACCUGCUCCGGGCUCUGCCCCACCUGUGGCUGGGGGACCCGGGCAAGGGUGAUGCCUGCCUGGCCCGGCUGAGCGCCGAUGCUGCUGUUAAUGCCCCUGCCCCCUCCCGGCCUGCUGAGGCGGGGGGGUGGGCGCUGCAGGCCCAGCGAGGCAGAGGCGGGGCCAGCGGUGGGUGGCAAAGCCCGGUGCAAUGGAGGCGUUGAUCCGGGGCGCCCUGGCCCCCUGCCCCUUUGGUAUGCGGGUGAAGAGCCUGAAGAAGCUGCUGGCGGGGAAGUAUGGAGCCAAGCUGGAGGCCUUCAGCCAGGCCAGAGGCUACAGGGACGUGGUCUCCUUCCUGGGGGACGUCCCGGGACUCACGCUCCGGGACCCAGAGAGGGGCAACAACUGCAUCGUGCAGCUCCAGAGAGGCGAGACUGAGGUCCUGAUGCUGCUCAAGUGCUUGCUACGCCCAUACCAGUCUGGCCUGCGGCUGCAGAAGGUGCAGGAGGUGCUGCUGGAGAGACACAGGCUGGAUCUGAAGCGGUUUGUCAGCUCCCAGGGUGAGGAGGACGUGCUGGGAUUCCUGCAGAGGCGCCUGCCCACGCUGCAGCACAGGCAGGCGGAGAAGGGGGAGAAUUGUAUCGUCUGGCUGGGGACAGGGCAGAAGAAAGGCUCUGGAUCUUUGCCCCCUGACAGUGUCCGCCCUCUGCCCGGCUCCAAGAGGUGCCUCCUCCCAACGAACGCUGCAGUGCACCCGGCCCCACCCGCCACCGACUGCCUCAACCCUCGGCUGCCCAGUGCUACCACCAACCGACCUCUGCUUCCCAGCCUGCCCUCGGGCCGGGAGCCCUUCCGCGCCCCAGCUGUCCUGGGCAAGCUGGGAAAAUCCCCAAGGGCCAACCCCCGCCUCCCAGCCUGGUUACUGAGCCCACCCCGGCCCACCGGCGCCCCCUUGGCCCUGCGAGCAGAGGAGGGGACCCAGGAGUCCGGGGCCAGGCCUGCCAGCGCCCCCUUGGCCCUGCGAGCAGAGGAGGGGACCCAGGAGUCCAGGGCCAGGCCUGCCAGCGCCCCCUUGGCCCUGCGAGCAGAGGAGGGGACCCAGGAGUCCAGGGCCAGGCCUGCCAGCGCCCCCUUGGCCCUGCGAGCAGAGGAGGGGACCCAGGAGUCCGGGGCCCAGCCCCCUGAGGACCUGAGGGAGCUGAAGCAGAAGGUGGGGGCCAUCCUUGCCGGGUACCCCAGGGGCAUGUCCCUCUUCCAGUUCCGUGCCGCAUACAGCGCUGCCCACCAGCACCCACUGCCCCUGGGCCGCACGGCCUCCACCAAGCAGCGGCUGGCGCAGAUGCCCGACGUGGUGCGGAUGCAGGGCUGCGGGGUGCAGAUGCUGCUGCUGCCAGUGGACCCCAACGGACCCCCCGGGGGAGAGCCUGGUCUUGCCCUGUGGAUCCCGCAAGAAGCUGCUGCCCUGGCUGGGGACCCCGACGACCCAUCUGACCCCCGUCCUGCCCCUGCUGUUUCUGAUCCAGCUGGGGACUCCCAUGUUCCUGCCAAGCCCUGUUCCACUCUGGCCAAGAUCCCCCCAGCUCCCACCCUGACUGGGGACCCCAACACUCCAACUGAGCCCCCUCCCCUGCCUGCAGCUCCCACCCUGACUGGGGACCCCGACACCCCAGCUAAGCCCCUUCCCACCCUGGCCGAGAUCCCUCCGGUCCUCACAGCUCCUGACCGAGCUGGGGACCCCAAAGUCCCAGUCAAGCCCCCUCCCACCUUCAUGGAUCCAAGACCGGGGCUGAGCUCCCAGGCCCUUCAGCGCCCAGAAGCCGCCAGACCUGAAGCCAGCUGGGAGUUACCCAACUUGGUGCCCAGUGCCCCCGUGGUUCUCCCAGCAUUGGGGCCGGGCAGCAGCUCGUGGUUCAAGGUUGGGGCAGAGUCUCCCCCCACCCCGGGUGAUCCCGGUGCUGCUGCUCGACCGGUCGUGUACCCUCCUCCCCAGGAGGUCCCCCCGGCCCCUACUGCAGGCCCAGAGCCGCCUUCCCUGUGCCCAGAGGCACUGGGGCCAUCCCAGGCCCGGCUCAAGCGGGUCCAACUGGUGCCUCCCUUCCAAGACCACCCCUGGGCUGGGGAUGCCCCUCGGGCACAGCCGGUCCUUAAAGCCCUGGGUCAGAACCAGGGCACGUCAGCAGCUGUGGGAUCCCCUGUGGGCCCGAUCCCUGCAGAUCCAUCCACGGGCCAGGCCAUCUCCCCUGCUAAGCAGCUCCCAGUGGUGGCCCCGGAUCCCCUCCCACCUCCAGAUGCCAGUGUCUUAGCGACCCCCGAGCAGGGCUGGCCAGAGACCGGGCCAGGUGGAGAUGUUGGCUCUCCUGUUGACCCCUUGCGGCGCUGCAGUCCGACACAGCUGGUCCCCUCUGCAGGGAGGACCCGGCCGGGCCCGUGGGGCGAGAUCCCCUCCGCCCCACUGGCCCACUCACCGCCACGCAACACUGACACCUGCAUUAUCCUGUAGCCACCACUGGCAACUCAGGCUGGCGACUCUGGGGUGGAGCAGGUCGGCCUGCGGCCAACUCAGCACAGUGCCUGCAGGAGAGGUCGGGAAAUGAACCCCUGUGAUUUCCCCAGUAGGGGGCACUGGGGCAUUUCUCCCCCCAGGACUUGAUUGGGGAGUGACGAUCUCUUUAGUGGGCUUGAAAACGUGGGCUCACAACUUUAAAGAAGUGGCCACUGACUAUUUUGGCAGGGGAGGUGGCUUAACUUCAGGACUCCUAACUCUAGACCCACCCUGAGACCACCCCCCCCCCCCCCCCCCAGCUCCACCGAAUCGCGAGUGCUUGGUGGUUCUGGAAACCAGUCGUGGCUUUUCAAUCGCACGUUGCCCCAAACCGGUGGCCACUUCCUGAAAGCGGUGGCCAGCCACCGACGUCUCAGGGAAACCGCCCGUGGUCCCGCGUGCAGCAUUUACAUUUUAUCCAUUAAAUUUUCUAAGAAG